GAAGGGCUGGCGGCGGUGCGGGCGGGGACGACGCAGGCUUAACGCUUUGCGCGCUCCCGCUGCGACCAUUCUGCACCUCGCAGUCGACUCUAACGGUUGUUCAAGUGACAGAAAAGCCGCAGCAAUGGUGGACGCCGCGACAAUCGAGAAAUUGGAAGCUGGCUUUAGCAAACUCCAGGCUUCCGACUCCAAGUCACUGCUGAAGAAGUACCUCUCCAAGGAGGUUUUCGAGGCCCUCAAGAACAAGAAGACCUCCUUUGGCUCAACCCUGUUGGAUGUUAUCCAGUCAGGUGUUGAGAACUUGGACUCUGGUGUUGGAAUCUAUGCCCCUGAUGCCGAGUCAUAUGUUGUGUUUGCUGACCUCUUCGACCCCAUCAUUGAGGACUACCACAAUGGAUUCAAGAAAACCGACCAGCACCCCGCUAAGAACUGGGGUGAUGUUGAGACCCUCGGCAACCUGGACCCGGCCGGUGAAUUCGUUGUCUCAACCCGUGUGCGCUGUGGACGCUCCCUGGAAGGCUAUCCUUUCAACCCAUGUCUAACUGAGGCCCAGUACAAAGAGAUGGAAGAGAAAGUCUCCUCCACACUCUCUGGCCUCGAUGGUGAACUCAAGGGCACAUUCUUCCCCCUCACUGGCAUGUCAAAGGAAACUCAGCAACAGCUGAUCGAUGACCACUUCUUGUUCAAGGAGGGUGACCGUUUCCUCCAGGCUGCCAAUGCCUGCCGAUUCUGGCCCACCGGCCGUGGUAUCUACCACAAUGAAAACAAGACCUUCCUGGUCUGGUGCAACGAAGAGGACCACCUUCGUCUUAUCUCCAUGCAAAUGGGUGGUGACUUGAAGCAAGUCUACAAGAGGUUGGUGACAGCCGUCAACGACAUUGAGAAGAGGAUCCCAUUCUCACACAAUGACCGUCUCGGUUUCCUCACUUUCUGCCCCACCAACUUGGGCACAACUGUGCGCGCGUCGGUACACAUCAAGCUGCCCAAGCUGGCGGCGGACAAGGCCAAGCUGGAGGAGGUCGCGUCCAAGUACCACUUGCAGGUGCGCGGCACCCGCGGCGAGCACACCGAGGCUGAGGGCGGCGUCUACGACAUCUCCAACAAGAGGCGCAUGGGUCUGACUGAGUACGAGGCCGUCAAGGAGAUGUACGACGGCAUCGCUGAACUGAUCAAAAUUGAGAAGUCGCUGUAAGAUGUUAUUCGAUCUCGCGCUAUCAGUAUUUUUUGUAUUAUUUAUCAUUUUCAUGUAAGUAUUGGACUCGGCGGGUCGGCGAGACUAGUCAGUGACGCCCCGCGAGGGCGUCCGGGCACGCGGGCGGCCCAACAUAACUGUUUUUCGUAAAAGUAUUUUCUAUAAGGAAAUGGAAAAUAAAGACACCUAGCGUUAAGACCAGAACUGAUUAUUAUUUCAAACCCAUCUCUAAAAUAAUUGCUUUAUCGCUUAAAAUGUACAUGUUGCAAAUACAUUAUCUAUUGCUAUCUAGAAAUAUCAUCGGUGACGGAGGUAAUUGUCACCUUCAUCAACUUAAAAAGUAAAUAUUUAGAAUAAACGUGUUAAAUAUUAUACAGUAAUAGUUAAAAAACUU